AUGUCUGCUACAAGUGACAAACAGAGCACUCUGCAGUAUCUAAAGGACUACAAACCUCACAUUGAAGGUCGGCAGCUCAGGGUUCUUGUUUAUGGACCAGCUGUAGCUGGAAAGUCCAGUUUCAUCAACUCUGUUAAAAGCGUCUUAGAAGGCAGAAUAUGCACACUGGCCUUGGUGGAUAACAUCUCUCAUGACUGUUUCACCAAAAAGAUUGAAAAGGAAAACCCAAACACCUUUUACCCUUUUGUCUUCAAUGACAUCAUGGGCCUGUCCGAUAGAAAAGGUGUCCUUGUGGAGGACGUCAAACUGGCUUUAAUGGGACGUGUGAAGGACGAUUAUGUGUUCAAUCCUGAACAUAAGUUAUCAGAAGGCGACCAAUACUACAACACAACAGUAAAUCCCAACGAUAAAGUUCAUGUCCUGGUUUGUGUCAUUCCUGCCGACACAGUAAAUCAAAUGAGAGAUGAAGUUAUAAGGAAGAUUCAGGAAAUCAGGAAAGCAGCCAGUGAUCUAGAGAUUCCUCAAGUGGCCAUCAUCACCAAAAUUGAUAAGGCCUGUCCUGACAUCAAAGAAGACUUAAAGAACGUCUACAAGUCCGUCUACCUGAAGGAGAAGAUGGAGCAGUUGAGUGUCAAUGUGGGCAUACUGAUGAACUGCAUCUUCCCAGUGAGAAACUACUUUGAAGAAACCGAUUUGAAUGAUGAGGUUGACUCACUGGUCCUGCGCACACUGAGAAACAUCAUCAACUAUGGAGAAGAAUUCAUGAACCACAAAAUGAGUCAGUCUGAAGAUUCAGACAAAUAA